AUGGGUCCUGCCGUUCUCUUCUUCCUCGUGCUUGCGGCUGCAGCACCCUUGCAUUUGGCGGCACAGACCUUGAAUUAUUCCAUGGCGAAACCCUCGACGGUUUGGAUCAACAACGAAUUUCAACGCCACGGCUUCAGCAGCCGCCUCCGCACCAUCGUCACCCGUUCUCUAGGACCAGAAACUCAAGCUCGCCCUGACUCUGAACUUGAUGUUGCCGCAGGGUUCACAUGUGCCUCCCGUCAGUCAGCAUGCAACGAUUUCCUCUUUGCGGUGUUCAUUUACAUGAAUGUUGGGUUCAACCUUAAUAAUGCCACAACUCCACAGCCACAGGUAAUCUGGUCUGCCAACCAGGCUCGCCCUGUCACAGAGAAUGCAACCCUUGAGUUUACCUCGGAUGGGAACUUGGUCCUCUGUGAUGAUGAUGGUAGCCAUGUCUGGUCCACCAGCAGCUCAGGCCGGUCUGUGGCUGGAAUGUUGAUCACCGAUAUAGGCAAUUUGGUGUUGUUCGAUCAGAGAAAUGCAACAGUGUGGCAGUCAUUUGAUCAUCCUACCGACACAUUGGUCCCUGGGCAGUCACUUGUGGAAGGUACGAGGCUCACAGCAAGUACUUCUGCAAUAAAUAUGAUGAAUCCAAAUCAGUUUUAUAUCACUGUACUCCCAGAUGGAUUACAUGCUUAUGCUGAAUCCACACCACCACAACUAUACUACCGUUUACCCUGGGCGUCCAUCGACAAGAAAGGAAAUGAUCCAAUAACUGUUACAUUCAUGAAUGAAAGCCUCACCGUCUCUGUGCGGUCAGAUAUAUAUCAUCAGUUCUCACUGCCACCAGCAAAAUCUACCCGGUUCAUGAGAUUAGAUUCAGAUGGACACUUGAGGGUGUAUGAACAGUCUGGUAUAUCAUGGCCCGUGGAGUAUGAUGUAAUGCAAAUAGAUUAUUGUGCUUACCCAACAGUCUGCGGGCGGUACGGCAUAUGCAUGGGCGUACAGUGCACUUAUCCACUUGAGAACAAUUCAAAUUCACGGCACUUCAAGCCAGUGGAGGAACGGAAGCCAAAUCUUGGUUCCACCCCAAUAACUCCAAUCUCUUGUCAAGAAAUUCAACACCAUCAACUCUUCACACUUACUAAUAUUUCUUACUUUGUCAAAAAACCGACAGUUGUGAAUGCGACAAGCAUCGAUGACUGUAAGCAAGCAUGCCUGAAGAAUUGCUCCUGCAAGGCUGUUAUAUUUAGGCACCGGAACAAUUCCCUUGGAAAAUGCGAUUGGUUGACGGAGGUCUUCUCUUUGCAAUCAAUACAGCCUGAAGCAUUUGGUUACAGCUCGUCUGCUUACCUCAAGGUGCAGCUUAGCCCCACCAUUUCUGCAUCUACUUCAAACAAAAAAAGGGUGUUGUUAGUUGCUACAUUUGUAGCUAUUGCUACUCUUGUAUUGUUUAUCAUUGCGGUCACUCUUUAUCGACAAAGGAGGAGGAAGUAUGAAGACAAAAAUGAGGAAUUUUAUUUCGAUCAAUUUCCUGGAAUGCCAACAAGGUUUUCUCUUGAGAAGUUGACUGAAUGCACUCGAGGAUUCGAUAAGAAACUCGGAGAAGGCGGGUUUGGGUCAGUUUUUGAAGGGAAAUUAGGUGAAGAAAGAAUUGCAGUAAAACGUUUAGAAGGUGCUAGACAGGGAAAGAAAGAGUUCUUGGCAGAGGUCGAGACUAUUGGCAGCAUUGAACACAUCAAUCUUGUCAGCCUGAUUGGGUUUUGUGCACAGAAGUCUGAGAGGCUUCUGGUAUAUGAAUAUAUGUCCAGAGGGUCGCUUGAUAGGUGGAUCUAUUACCAUCAUAACAACAACCCUCUUGAUUGGUGCACUCGUUGUAGGAUUAUAUUGGAUAUUGCCAAGGGCCUAUGUUAUCUUCAUGAGGAGUGCAGGCGAAAAAUUGUUCAUCUGGACAUCAAACCACAAAAUAUUCUCUUAGAUGACAAUUUCAAUGCCAAAGUGGCUGAUUUUGGACUAUGUAAGUUAAUAAACAGGGAUCAAAGCAAGGUAGUAACCGUGAUGAGAGGAACACCUGGAUAUCUUGCACCUGAAUGGCUGACAUCGCGGAUCACUGAAAAAGUGGAUGUCUACAGCUUUGGAGUUGUUGUCAUGGAAAUAGUAAGUGGAAGGAAAAAUAUUGACAAUUCUCAUGCCGAGGAGGAAGUUCAGCUCAUAAAUUUAUUACGGGAAAAAGAACAAAACAAUCAAUUGAUUGAUCUGAUCGACAAGCAUAGUAACGAUAUGUUGUCACGUCAGGAAGAAGUGAUUCAAAUGAUGAAGCUCGCAGUAUGGUGCCUGCAAAACGAAAGCACUCGAAGGCCUUCAAUGUCAACUGUGAUCAAGGUAUUGGAAGGUGGGAUGAGCGUAGAAACUUUUGAUGUAAAUUCAAUCAUGCCUGUUCAAGAUAAUUUAUCCACAUAUUUGGUCCCAGCUCAAGCAUCCAUAUUAUCCGGCCCAAGGUGA